CUAUACAAGGAAGUUUACAGUUGCUGGUAAAGAUUGUCGUACAGUAGCAAAAUACGUGUGAGUACAGUUAAUUUACAUUAUAUGUUAUCUUCACUGCAAGACAGCCACAGUAACGGACACCUACUUACGCUAUGGCUCUGUUUGACAACUGUUUUGUGGUUUUGGAGCUGAAGAAUUUGCCUUAUAAGGAGAAGAAGAGGCUGAAGCUGGCAAUAACAGAGAAUGGGGGCAGCAUUUCCUAUGUGAUCAAUAAGCAGUGUACUCUCGUAGUGACGAGCAGUAUGUCCAGUCUGAGCUCCAGUAGGGUGCGGAGCAUGAAGAAGCAUCAGACUCCAGUAGUAGGGGUGGAGUAUGUGUCACGCUGCCUGGAGAAGGAAGUCCUGCUGCCUGUAGAGGACUACUGCCUGCCCCCCCCUCCCUCUACCUCUCUCAUCCCACCCAGGCCUGCCUCUCCCUUGCCAUCUCAGUCAGUGUUGAAGGGGACGAGCCAGCCGGCUGAAGUUCAGACCCAGACAGUGAAUGCUGUAAAUCAAGCCGAGAGGGCGGGGAAUCAGGAGAGUACUUACCUGGGCAAAUUCAGAGUGUAUACUGAAAGUGACAAUGAUCUUCCAACAUAUCCAACAAAUUUCCAAGUGGCCAAAUACUCAAUUUUUGGAAAGGCUAACAGCAGCACAUGGUCGGUGUUGGAGCUGCAGAGUGGCAGCACAGAGGGGGGACAGCAGCAGUUCCGUGUGGUGAGGUACUGGAGAGAGGACCAUGGUGCUAAGUCAGCAGCUGUGCAGGACAAGCAGGUGUUCCUCUCCAUGUCAGAGGAGGCUGUGGAGGUCUACCAGACUCUCAGGAAGGAGCUGCAGGUCAGAGGACUCACACUGAGGACCACCCUCCCUCCAGAGGCUCCGGAUCUGGGCUCUGCCAUCCUGCAUCAGCUGCUGCUGGAGGAGAAGCUGAGUUGCAGCAGCCUAUCACAGGAAGUGGGCGUGUUCGUGGAGCUGCUCUGGGCAGAGGCCCUUGGUUGUCUGGACAAUGUCCUCAAGGUUCCAAUCACCAGCCUCAGUCUCAACGAUGUGAGCAGGGCUGAGGGGCUGCUGCUACAGGUCCAGAGGAAGCUGAGGGUGAGACAGGGGGAGGGGCCAGACACUGAGGUGGCUUCUCUGAUGGAGGAGGUCUACACCCUCCUGCCACACAAAACUGAUCUGUCCCAUCUCCCUCUCCACACUAAACUCAUCUCAUCGCAACUGGACCUCUGCCAGUUGAUCAGAGACGUGCUGAAUGUGAGCGAGGCAACACUGAGAAGCCCCAUCCCUUCCUGUCUGGGGAAGUACCGCGCCCUGAGGUGCAGCAUUGAAAGAGUUCCCCCUGGUCCUGAAUUUCUGUAUGUCACUGAACUUCUACACGACAGACAGGUGCAGAUCUUGCAGGUGCUGAGAGUAAACAGAGGGGUAGAGCUACAGAUGUUUAGGGAGGAGCUGGGGAACGUUAAGCCCCUCCUCCACUCCUCCAGCCCUAGCAGCUUUGUGGGGAUCCUGUCUCGGGGUCUGUUGCUGCCCAGAGUUGGAGUGGAGCAUCAUGGGAUUGAGAGAACAGACAUUGGGAACUUGGGCGGUGGCAUCUACUUCAGUGAUGCAAUGAGUACCAGUUUGAAGUACUCUAAGCCCAGUGUGACGGACGGCAGUCGGUUGCUGCUGGUGUGUGACGUGGCGUUGGGGCGCUGUACUGACCUCCAAAAGAGGGACAGCAGCCUGACUCACUCCCCUGAGGGAUACCACAGUGUACACGGGGUUCGCCACACCCCCAAGAAACCCUCAGAGUUUGACGAUGAUGAGUAUGUGGUGUACAGCCCGGAGCAGGUGAGGCUGCAAUAUGUGGUACAGUUCAGACUGGAGGAGGACCAGCUGAAGGACUUCCAGCCCACCAUAGAUACUUCUUCUACCGAGCUUCCGCUUCCUGUCUCUCCGUCUGACCUCUUGUCCUGUGGUGAGGAUGUUGGGAGUUGUAAGAACCCUCUAGAGGAGGUGACUGCAGGCCUGUUGGACUGCUCUGGACAACCACUCCCCCUACAGGCCGUUCAUGUCAGGGCCAGGCUGAUGGAUCUGCUCUCCCAGGUCAUCAUCUUCCAGACAUACACCAAUCAGAGCACCGCCCCCAUUGAAGCCAAGUACGUCUUCCCAUUGGAUGAUUCUGCUGCUGUGUGUGGCUUUGAGGCCUUCAUCAAUGGGAAACAUGUAAUGGGACAGGUGAAGGAGAAGCAGCAGGCGCGUAAAGAGUAUAAACAGGCCAUAGAGAGAGGCCAUGGAGCUUACCUAAUGGACCAGGAUGCACCUGAUGUUUUCACCAUCAGCGUUGGGAACCUGCCGGCCGGUGCCACCGUCCUUAUCAAAGUUACCUUCGUCACCGAGCUGGUCAUCAUGGAGGGCUUGAUCAACUUCUCGUUGCCCGGUAGUGUGGCGCCAUGGCAACAGAGCUCAGCGCUCAACCAGAGGACUCAGGUGACUUUGGAAAAGGUGUGUGUGACCAACCUGGAUUCCCAAGGGGAGUUCAGUCUGGACAUGUCCAUUGAGAUGCCCAAUGAGAUCAUCAACCUGCACUGUCUCACACACAAAGUCAAGAUCAAGAGGACCGACUGUAAGGCGGUGGUGAGGACAUGUCCAGGUGAGACUCUGGGUCCAGAUGGGUUCCUGGUCUGCUUCAGUCUGGCUCAGAUCCACCUACCCAGGAUGUGGGUGGAGAAACACCCAGAUAAAGACAGCCAGGCCUGUAUGUUGGUAUUUUACCCAGACUUUGAGCCCUGCCCCACCUCCAGCCCCAUGUCCGGCUCCAGUGAGGUUAUCCUGCUGUUGGACUCAUCUGAGUCCAUGAGAGGAGAAGCUCUCCAGAACGCCAGGAGAAUCGCCCUGCAGCUUCUUAAUACCCUGGACCACCACAGCAUUCGAGUCAACGUCAUCUCCUUUGGCUCAGACCAGAAGGAUGCUUUUCUCUCUGCCAACCCUCUAGUCGAGGCCCUCCAACCAGCCAAGAAGUUCAUCAUGUCCUCCCCACCUGUUGGGGGCAGCACUGAGCUGUGGAGGCCCCUGCGCAGCCUGAGUCUGUUGCCUCCGUCGCAGGGCGUGAGGAACCUGCUGCUGCUAUCAGACGGUCACGUCCAGAACCAAGCCCUAACCCUGCAGCUGGUCAGACAGCAUGCCCAGCACAGCCGCCUCUUCACCUGCGGCCUCAGCCCAACAGCUAAUCGGCACAUGUUGCGGGCCCUGGCCCAGGCAGGGGGGGGGGCCUAUGAGUUCUUUGACACAAAGACAAAGCACACCUGGCGAGAGAAGGUGGCGUGCCAGGUGAAGCGCAUCGUGUCUCCAGGCUGCAGCUCUGUGUCUGUGAAGUGGCAGCAGUUUAACCCCUCAGCUCCCCCUCCUGUCCAGGCCCCCUCUCAGCUCCACGCACUCUUCACUGACUGCCACACCCUGGUCUACGGCUUCGUGCCACACUGUACACAGGCCACUCUUCUUGGAGACCUGAGUGGUCAGAACAUUGAGACAAUGGUGUCCACCACUGAGCUACAGAAAACCAGGGGCACGUUCCUUCAUAAGCUCACAGCGAGGGCCGUUAUCAGAGACUAUGAGGAUGGCAGUCUUCACACCAACGAGGCUGAACACGAGGGGAAGAAAUCCGUAAUGAAGUCCUUCAUCAUUGAGCUGAGCAAAGAGUUCUCCAUCCUGUCUCAGUUCACCAGCUUUGUUGCCAUCGAGGAGAGGGACUCAGAGCAGCCUGACGUGGGCUUCACAGACGUUCCCAAACUGAUCUCAGACGAAGACGUCGACUUCUUACCUUACCUUAGCUGGCAGGAGGAGGAAUAUGAGAGAGAUGGGAUGGACUUGGGAUCAGACUCAAUGUCAAACUUGUUGGAUGGUGGGCCAGGGCAUGUUUUAUGCAGAAAUAUCUGUCUAGGGGGGAUGGGGGAGGAGCAUGAAUCGAUGGUUCAACUCCAGAUGGAUGACGAAUCAUGGGAAGGAUCUGUGAAUUGGAACUUACAUUCCAAAUCUCUAAAUCAGAGUGCUACGGAUGAGGUGCCUCUUGGUAGUUCCUCUUACUUAAUGGGCUCUAUGGUCUUUGCCAGCCCAGUGACCGUGUCCGAACCUCUAGAUAUGACUUUGCAGAGUGAAGGAGCUGUGACGGUUGAAGACUUGGAGUGCUUUGAUGACAUGGACUUUGGUUUUCAGGAAUCUGAACACCCCCUUCAUGGCUCAGUAAUCAUGCAUAGUGAGGCUCUGUCCUCUUCUUACUCUCCAACUCGCCACACGAUUGCAGGUAGCCAAUGCAUACCAGUCACCCCAUACCUUGCUACCACCAUGCUGGCUAGAACUGUGGAGACGGAUUUCAUCCCUGAGCUGUCUGAGACCUUCCAGUCUCUCCCAAAGAUAGUGAGGCAUGCGAAGAGUAGACAGGUAGACUUUAGACGGGCGGACAGACACAGGAAGGUUUGUGCCGGUCCGGCAUUUGACCCUGUAGAGACACAGAAGAAGUCUCUCUCUGUUGCUGAUGUGCCUCGAACUGAAGAACAGAGGGAGGAGGACAAGUCUCACGUUUUUGCUUAUGGUCUUUCUCCUCCAUUCCGUGCUUCUGUCCUCAGUUCUCCUGGUCCUCCUCCAUCUCGACUGCAGUCUUUCUCUGCCGCAGUUUCAGAUGCUCUUCCUCCUCCACCCCCUGCUUCUGUCCUCAGUUCUCCUGGUCCUCCUCCAUUUCGACUGCAGUCUUUCUCUGCCGCAGUUUCAGAUGCUCUUCCUCCUCCCUCUGCUCUUGUCUCCAAUGAGUUUCGAGCGAUUAGAUACGAGAUGGGAGUUCAUCCCAGACCUGGAGUUGGGGCUAUCUCCCAUACUGCUACCUUCCCGAAACUGCGAGCCGGUGGGGACCUGCUACUUUCCAAACCCCGAGAGCCCUAUCCUGUGGAACUGCCAAUGUGUGAGACUAGCAAAAUGUGGACCGUGGAUAAUAGCUUAUCUGAGGAUAAGGAUUGUGGACUAGUGGAGAUGGACCACUGGCAACCUUCUGUUGUCCCUGCCUCUGUGCCCCCAUCAGGGUUUGGUUUCGGGGGCGGAAGGGCAGGGUCUCAAAGCAGCCAACCUCACGGCUCUUUGUUUGGGGCCACAGCCAGUGCAUGUUACAUUCCAGGUUUAUAUGAGGCUUCUUCAGCAGGCGGACCACCUCUGUGCUCGCUGUUUGGCCUCACACCCACUCUUCCUGGAGGCUCAGCCAGAUCAAUGGGGUUAAGUUUUGAGGCACCACUUACUGGCGGACACCUCAACUCCCUUUUACCCACCACUCAUGGCGCCUAUCUGACCCAAUCUUUAGGGGCCUUAGUUGGAUCCUCUCAGUUUGGUAGCUCUCUUAGGACACUACACCAACAUCAUGUACUACCACAAGCACAGAAACCUCUGGAUAUAAAAGAAAACAUACAAAAACUUGUCGGAGACCGUGAAAGGAGGGGAGGUCUUGAAUUCAGGAAGAAUACUCUUGAUGUAGUAAAAUGGACAGAGAUUUUUGCCCUCCAGCACUCGGAAGGUUACUGGGAGUGCUCUGCCAGCCUGGGUUCCCUCCUCGGUGUGGAUGUGGACUACUUUGCAAACGUCUUCCUGAAGAAUAGAGGCAUCAGCUCUCUAGGUGUGAGGGCACAUGCUGACAUCCUGAGGCUGGUGGCCAGUUUGCUGGUGCUGCAGCUGAUGAGGGUGAGGAGGCUAGAGGAGGGUAAGCUGCUGCUCAGCCUGUUCCGUCUGGACCUGGACCACUCUCCUCCUCAGCCCAGGUGUGAGCGCUGGGAGGCGGUGAGGAGGGCGGUGGACUGGGUGUGUUGGGCAGACAGGGAGUACCCGUGUGUGUGCAGCAGGCUGGAGUUUGGCUGGGACUGGGAGUCAUCCACACGGCGGCUCCUGGGCAUCGACCCCCCACACCCCCUCUCUCCCCUCAUCAUCCUCGGGUCCACAGGGGGAGUGAGGGCCCAAUGACUUCCAGAAGGAGAAAGGUGUAUGACCAGUAUAUACAUCUGCAGCUUUUGCUUUUACUAUUUCACUUAUUACGAGGUUAAGGUACUAUUCUAUACUGAUAACCUUUUCACUGAUCAAAUCAGUUUUGUAAUUCCAAAUCUUUGCAUUUAAAGGUGUGAUUUUAUGUUCUCAAAAUACAAGAGCAAUCUAAAAUGUAUUGAUACUCCUAAAUCUAUGGCCAUGUUCUAUAUCCAUACAGCUGUCAGUGUGUGAUUUCAGUCAUACUGAUAAGACCUUGCUCCAAUUUUCUUUGUUUUCUUUGUCUGACUGAAAUAAUCCUCUGAUGGAUAAGCAGAACAGCAGGUUAAUGUGGUCAUGCUAUUGGUCACUCGGGUUCCAAUUCGAUCCUUUACACACACACCUUAAAGCCUUUCUAAAAGAAUGGAUUGAUUUUAAGAGUCUGUUUCACAAUAUAUAAACAUAGUCAGCUUGAAUCGGUGUGUGUUACAGCACGAAAGUCAAAUCCAAAAGAACCCGACUCGCUACUGUUGUGUUCACUUACCAGGUUCACCACAAGGUGUCGCUAUAAGAAAGGUUAAUGACUUAAUAAAGAUGUAAAUGAAUGCAUACUGGGAGAAGAAUAAGAUGGAUGCCUACACCAUACAGUAAAGUCACAUUCAUCUUA